CAAGGCGAUUACCGCUCCAAUAUAUUUGCCGGACUAUGCGGGGUGGUCUUUUUCUUCUUGAUCAUCUCGGCCUUGGCCUUUCCCAAUGGGCCCUUCACCCGGCCACAUCCCAUUCUCUGGCGAAUCGUGUUCGGCAUGUCCGUGCUCUACUUGCUCAUGGUGCAGUUCUUCAUCCAGCAGGAUUACGAGACCAUUCGCUCCCUCAUCGUGUGGUUCGAUCCCAUGAUGGCCAACUACACCAUAGACACCGAAAAGGAGUAUGGGGCGGACUGCUGGGACGUGACCUUUGAUCGGAUUUACGCCCAUCUGGAUUGGUUUGCCUUCGGUCAUUAUUGGGGUUGGGGCAUGAAGGCCCUGAUCAUUCGACAUUAUGGCAUCUGCUGGAGCAUCUCCAUCAUGUGGGAGCUCACCGAGAUGGUUUUUGGGCAUCUCCUGCCCAAUUUCUACGAAUGCUGGUGGGACAACUUGUGCCUAGACGUGCUUCUCUGUAACGGUUUGGGCAUCUUCACUGGCAUGCAGGUUGUGCGAUAUUUCGAAAUGAGAGAGCAUCAGUGGGAAAGCAUCAAAAACAUCCCGACUCGAUCGGGCAAGAUCAAGCGUGCCCUACUCCAAUUCACGCCUGAGAGCUUCUCGUCGGCCCGAUGGUUGGACCCGUCUUGCUCGUGGAUGCGAUUGAUUGCCGUGGCUCAAUUCACGCUCAUGUGGCAAAUGGUGGAGUUGAACACGUUCUUUGUCAAGCACAUCUUCCCCAUGCCGGUCCAGCAUCCGAUUUGCGUGGCUCGCAUCCUGGUUAUGGGCCUAAUGGCCGCUCCAGCCACCAGACAAUACUAUACGUACAUCACGGACAAGGAAUGUGAUCGCUUGGGUAGUCAGGUCUGGGUAUUUAUCGCCAUAGCCAUGUCUGAGCUGAUCUUUCACAUCAAGUUCGGAUUGGACUUUUUCUCCAACACCCAGAUCUCCAAGAUGCUCAUUUGGGUGGUUCUAAACAUUGUGAUCUCGUGCUCAGGGUUGUAUGUGAGCACGUUGAUCUACAAAUGGCGCUUUCAAAACGAACCCAGUUAUGACAAGAUCCAUUUGAAUCAUCCCCCGGAUUCACCUAGUCGUAACACCAGAUCUCAAGUCAAAGAUGUUGGCUCGUUAUCUGGAUCCCUCCGUCAGAGAAAACCAUUGGAAGAUUAAUCUCAGCCAAUAAUUAUAAGGGGAAAAAUCCACUCGCAUUCAAGGAAACCUUCGAUUUUCCUCCACAAUAACUAGUUUACACUACCUCCCUUUGGCUCAUUUCUAUCACUCCAAGAAAAAUGAAUUUUAUAAUUCAGAAUUAUCUCAGUUACCCGACCGGCCUCCACUCCCCCUUUUCCACUAGUCUUGUUAUCAUAUAAUGCUCUUCAUAUCCCUCUAUCACGCUUGCCCAUUCAUUUCGAUUUAGUGAUGUUCUCUUAUCCUCCAAUGCAUCAUUGAAAUAGACGCCUAAAACAAUA